UACUAAAGAGGUGUUGGGCAGAUACUACAGCUCAUUUAAGGAAAUCCUCCAGCUGCGAAGGAUGGAAUGGAUGCUGUGUGAUAUCCUCAAGAGCAUCAAGACCACCUACAGAAAGCUGCACCAACUGACAGGCAACCAAUAAGAACUUUUAAUUAAAUAAAUAUGUGGUAAUAUUAAAAUAAAAUAAAAACUAUUAGGAAGGGAAAGGGUCUUGCUGAACCACAUGCACCUCUCUGCUAAGGAAAUCCACGUACUGGUCCAACAAGUGCUCAACAACAUUCUGCAGGUUCGAUUAGAGGCGAAUUGGCACCAGUUUUUAGAGCAAAUAAAAACAAGUUGCUCCCUGGAGGCCAUAAAGGGUUUGCACGAGAAGUACCUCAAUGAUAUUCAAAUCUACUUAUUACCGGAGCAGAUGCAUGAGCUACUAAAUCUGACAAUAGAGUUGAACGACCUGUUCCAGUCCUUCAUGAUGGCCUUUAAAUUCCCUGGUGCCUGGGUUAAUAGUGGGGAAGUAGGGGAUGAGUGGAAUGGUGCAUCAUGCUCUGAAAGCAGCACAACCACGCCAAGCAAAACCGUUUUCGCACCUACAAGUGUCCCUCGCAGACUUGAGAAUCUGCGGUCAGACUUCCAUGAAUUAGUUUUGAACUUUCUGAAAGUGGUCCAGCGACAGCCAGAGGAGGACAUGCAAAACCUAUAUGCGCUGGUCAACCUGAACAACUACUACUGUGUUUAAUUAUAUUACCAGAAAUAGUAAUUAGAUUUGUGUUUUAAGUAACAAAUUCUUUUAUUAUUAUUUUUUAACAAAUUUUAACCCAAAUGAACACACGAAUAGCAAUUACUAUUAUUUGGGCUAUUUAUGCUCAAAAUUUAACGCAUGUUCUUUCAGUGUGUGCUAUAAAUAUUGAUAAAUAUUUAGAUGUGUGUGCUUGUGUGAACAUUCAAUAACAAUUUUGUUUGUCUUAUUCAGAAAUAUGCUGGAAGGCUAUUGAAACAAUAUGAAUAACUACGCUAUAGGUGCAAAUAAAAGUUAAUUUGUGGGGACUGUUGCUUGAGAAAACUGAAUAAAGUUGCAUUUUUAUAAGUGGUAAUGUCUAGCAGGAAAUGGACGCAAAAUAAAUUAAUUCAAGUUUGCUUCUGAUAGUGACAGGUAUGAGAAAAUUAUCUACACACGCUCGAGAUUAGAAACUACUAAUAUAUCAACAAAUUCAAUGUCAUGUUAUCUUAUAGAAGUAGGUGAAUUUUAAGGCCCACUUACAAAAUUGAAAAAAGCAACCGGUGCGUUGGUUGAUGAGCCGAGCGUCUCGAGAAUACUUCUAGACCCAAUAUGGCCUUUGUUCAAAUUGAAUAAAAUAAACGCAAAUAAGAUAAACUGGGACAAGUGUCACGCUCAUAAUUUAAAGGGAAACAAACGCAACGAAGGAACAGAGUUGUAACAACAUGCAACAACAAAAAGAGCUUUUUCAGACAAUUUAAAUAAUAAUGUAUCAGCUCUUAUCAUUUUUCACAUCAUUAGUGGAUAAAGAUACAUACUUUAGAUGGGGAUCUCAAAGUUUACAUCAAGCUUUGCGUCUCGCGCCAUUCGGACAAUGUUCGACAACUUGACAACAAGUCUUGCAGCCUCAUCCAAGUUGUCACAGGCAAGGAUCUUGAAUCCCGAGGAGGCAAUCAAUACUUUGGCGUCAUC